AUGGGUGACGCCUCCGUUCUCCGCCCUAGCAGCCUAGCCCACGUUGUCUUCCGGACAAAAGACCUGUCCAGGAUGCUCAACUUUUGGACCUCUUUCCUUGGAGCGGAGCGCGUGUUCGAGAAUGACUUUAUCGCUUUCCUGCGAUACGAUGAAGAACACCACCGGAUUGCAAUCAUCCAGGAACCAGACACUGGCCCGCGCGUCCCGACCGCAGCAGGACUUCACCAUCUCGCAUUCUCGUAUCCCUCUUUGCGUGCUUUGCUUCAUGCACACCAGGAAAGAGAGAAAUCUGGCAUCAAGCCUACGUGGUGCGUGAAUCACGGGCCCACUACGAGCAUCUACUAUAAGGACCCCGACGGCAAUGCGAUUGAGACCCAGGUGGACAAUUUUGAUACCGUCGAGAGGGCCAAUGUAUUUAUGACAUCAAACGAGUUCCGUGAUAACCCGAUCGGCACAGAUUUUGAUCCGCGCGAUGUGCUGCGCCAGUUGGAUUCUGGGGUUGGGGAAAGCGCCUUGAAAAGGAGGGUUGAGAUCGGGGUCCGACAGUCUGUGCCGGCAGGUGUGUGA